AUGGUAGUAGGCUUUUUGUGUCUUAAUGGUCACCUUGGUAUAUCACGUGUAUACCAGAUGAAAUUACUUAACAUAUUUUCCAGAAUGCGUUUGGUGACUGUAUUAGUGGUAGUGGUGGUGUUGGCGGCGCGCUCUGUGGUUUCUACUAGCAGUAACGUGCGACUCAUCAACAAUGGUUAUGAGGGUGUGGUGGUGGCCAUAGCUCCCUCUGUUGAUGAAAGUUUCGCCGAAGAUAUUAUCUCCUCCAUCAAGGAGACGUUGACAAAAGCUUCAGAUGACCUCUUCAAAGCCACCCGCAGGAGAGCUUUCUUCAGACGUAUCAAAAUCCUCCUGCCCAAGUCCUGGAACAAUGUAAUCUUUGAUCAAACUGCACUCAAUGAGAACUAUGAGGACAGUGAUAUUCGAGUUGACUUGAGGAACCCAGUGUACGGAGACCAGCCAUACACGGUGCAGCCUGGCGGAUGUGGUGAACCGGGAAGGUACAUGCACCUCACCCCUCAGUACCUCACUGACAACACUCAAGCUGAUUUGUGGGGACCAAGAGGCAAGACGGUGUUGCAUGAGUGGGCCAAGUUGCGGUGGGGCGUCUUUGACGAGUUCGGAUAUCCACACGAUCCCACCUUCCCGCUCUUCUACUGGACAAGUGAGAUAACAGCGGAUGGCGUCAAUACCGUCUAUACUCCCAACUACUGCGCCAACCAAGACCUAAAAGGGGAGCUCAGGGACCUGGUGGACGGUGGUUCCUGUAGCUACGUCAAUGGUUUGCCAGACGAAGACUGCCGGUUCGUGCCUGAUGACGUGCAGGCUGCCUCCUCCUCCUUCAUGGCCUACUACUACAUCAACAAUAUUGUUGAGUUCUGCGACACAGCCACGGACGAGAAAUUCUCCCAUAACGAAUUUGCUCCUAAUAGACAAAAUAUGAUGUGUAACAGUCGCUCCGUAUGGGACGUGAUAUACCAGCACCAAGACUUUACCAAUGGAAU